CCCGUGCUGCGUGCAGCCUUAUACCUGAGCUCGCAUCGCACAGAGUACGACUAUGGCUCCCGACAAGGCACCUAUGGACCACCAGUCUGCGGAGGGGGCACAACUUAAGACGCCCGAAGCCGAAGCUCCAGCGCGGAUGGUCGCACCCGCCAGUAAACGUCAGAAACCAAAAGCGGCAGACGCACCGCAAGCCCACCGGACCGGAGCACCAGCAGCUCGGCAGACGGCGUCGUGGGAUCUCUUCAACCCUUCGACGGAGGACUUCGUCCUGCUUGACACACCGUGCUUCUGAUGACAAUGGUCUCGUCAUAAGUGCUGCUGUGUCGUCGUCGAGAUGGAAGAGCUACAGGAACCUGUUCUGGGAAUCUCCCUCCGCCCCCAAGAUUGCGUAUGUACGCACCAAGGAAUCGGACCGAUAGUGCACGAAUGGGUUCCCGUGCGCUCGGGCGCUGCGAGCUGUGCCUUUGUAGUCCUUGCUACGCAGAGUGCUGCCUUGGGUGCAUGCUGCCUGUUGCACUUAUACGGACGGGUUGGACUCAUCAAUCGAGUGAAAAGCAAGGAUGACCGAGUCAGACGAGAUGUAUUUGCGGCGGAGCUUGUUGCUUGCCUCUAGAGUGUAUGUACUAUAGGAGUCGCGCUCCAUGAGGAGAGGUUGUCAUGUGUGCGCCGCGAUCAUCUCUUUUUCUUUGGCAGGUCUCUUUCUUGUCUCCGCGCUAUGGAAUUAUUUUUUAGACUAAGUUAACGGACAUUUAUUUUUCUCCUAUUUUAGUCGCAGCCAUCCUUCGUUUUUUUGAGAUGUACCUUCGGGAGCCCUGCAUCUUCUCCGGAAGAACCAAUUGCUCUGCAAAACCUACCGGCAGUCGUUGCCACGGAGCGGUUGAAUUGUGUCUCACUUCAGGUGUGUUUAAAUUUUCAUACGUUUCACAGAGUAUGUUUUUACAGUUUCGAAAUCGCUUGUUGCUGGUGGCGGUCAACCACAUCGUCCUUCCGAGGUACAUUGUGUUACGGAGGAACGAACAAAUACACGAGUUGCUCCUUUACCAUUGUGCGUGGGGGUGGGGUGAGGGGGUACUGUCCCUCGCAUUUGUUACGGAAGAUGUUUCGAGGCUUCUUCGUUUGUCGCUUUUCCUAAGUGUAAUAUGUGAACUUUUGAAGUCUCGCUUUUCUCAUAGGAGUAGCUUGACGGUUGGGUUAGAGUACCGGUAGUUUCUGCUGGCUGGGCGAUGUAAGUGUUUCGUGUUUUUGUUGAUGGUUAUUUCUCACAUGGUUGGGCGCUGAGCUUGUAUUUGGCGUAGAGUGUCAUGUGUCUGGCAGAGGGGGUGACACGUGGCGCCGACGUUCAGUUUAUGUCGUAUUGCUAACGGAUCACGCCAGCGGACAGAACGCGAUUCGAGGAAUGUGGUUUUAGAAUCGUCUCUGUGUGAUGAAUUUCAGUUUGUAUAUGUUCGAGAAUACCAAGUUAUUACACGUUGAGGGAAGGACCUAAUACAUGUGGUGAGUUUUGUCGCGAGGAAGCAUAACGGCAUGCAUGCGCCGCAACUGAAUUCUGCCGCGUUACCCGCGACAGCUCUUCAACUAGAGCGAUGACAAACGAAACGGCAGGGGAUCUUCAGGGCAACGAAGAAUGAAGGGGAACGCGGGGUUUAUUCUUUUUCAAGCUCACCGCUUUUUGUUGGACCAGUACGGAUGUAAGACUGAGCGGAAACCGUAGCGGUUUUAAUGUCUACACAACGACAAAAACAACGGCAACCGCUCGCAUUCCACGUACAUACAAGCGCGAUUGAGAUUCAAUGAACAUUUUUGUCCUAUCGACCCGCCCCGCGUCGUGUUUUCUUUUUCGGGAGGUCUGAUGCUGCAUUGCUACAAAGGUUGUGAUCGUACGUUUAGCCGGCCCUCCUUCGCCAACCGUGGUCCUCAAAGACCCCACGAGGUCGAAGGCAACUUCUUGGUUCGUCGUGUAGACAGCCUUGACAAUGUAGAACGUUGUAACCAUCAUAUCUCUGAAAGUGAUCUCGGCAGAGAUUGAUGCGAGGCACCGUGCUGUGCACGGGCACCGUCCUUUGUCGAUCGCGCGGGAAGGGCGGGCAACAUGGUCCAUGGGCGUGAGAUAUAUAUUUCCGGGGUGGACACUGCUGUGGUCCAGCGUCCUCCGCGUGGGAUAACCACGAAAAGAUGGAACUUCACCGUACAGAUUCGUCUGAAACUUCUACCAACAGAGCAACCACUGCACACCAGUCAAACAUGCAUUGGGCUGACCCACUUCAACCCAUAUCCCCCUUCGCUCUCUCCCUAGGGAUUUGAGUAAAUCUUGCCACGAAGAGAGGUGAGUUGGUCAAAGGUCAGCCACCGUCGAUCGAUUUCAUCUCACAUGAAAGGCUGCCGUUGACUGCGAUUCCCUCGAGCUACCGCUGCUUCCCUUUUCUCACUUUUCUUAUAUUUUUGUUCGGUGUCGUGAUCUCCCGUUCGUGACCUCACUACGCCAACAGUCAGCCCUCAGGAUCACAAGAAGCACCCUAACCAUUCUAUUUUUCGUCACCUAACAUAGUUUCGAGACACAUACUUAUCUCAAAUCGUUCCUACCUUCUUUCUUCCUCCUCACCCCCCCUGUCAAGCGAUAUACUUUUUAUUCGCCUCUUGAUUCUACUUUUCAGAUUUUCCUUCCUUGUCGACCUGGUGCACGCAAUUGUGGGAGAUGUGGACGGAGGCCGAAAUACACCGCCGGUAACGGCAUGAACAUCAAACCAAUAUCAAACCUGCACCCAGUCCCCCACCACCCCGUAAAAAUCCCUUGGUUGCUGCUGCUGCGCGCUCGAGCCUACUACAAUUGCUCGCUCGGAGCUCUUGCCCUAUCGAAAACAUGAUGCGCGCAGAGCGAGUCGUCGUCCUGCCCCAUUAGCUCCUACCGGCGGUGCCCCCUCCCC